GUAAACAGGAAGCUACUGCGUAUUGUUUACCUGUGUGUGUCAUUCAUUUACUGCCAUAGCAUCCUCUAACGACUUGAAUGAAACCCGACAUGCUUUAAUAACGAUGCGUAUUCGGAAUUCGGUGUUUGUGGCUGUAAUGUCGCCGUCCGUGGGCCUCGUGUGACCGUCUGAAGCAUCACCAUGGCGUGUUCAGGUCACAGCAGCAUCCAGGACAGCGCCACAGAGAAGGACAGGCUGCUCUCCUCUGUGGCUGGCUAUGGGUCUCAAGACCUUGGGGAAGGGAGUCCACGUCCGAGUGGCCUGGGGGGCUCCAGGUUCCAGCAGCAGCAGCAGGAGGAAGAGGAGGAGGCCCUCAGGAGGAAGCUCAAGUACUUCUUCAUGAGUCCGUGUGACAAGUAUCAUGCAAAGGGCCGCAAGCCUUUCAAACUGGGACUUCAGCUGCUCAAAAUCAUCAUCGUAACCGUGCAGUUAGUGCUGUUUGGACUCAGCAACCAGAUGGUGGUGACAUUUAAGGAGGAAAACACAGCAGCGUUCAGACACCUUUUCCUGAAGGAUUAUCAGGAUGGCAGUCCUCAGGCCAUCCACACACAGGAAGAGCUGUACAGUCACAUAAACUUCGCCAUAGAUCAGUACUUGGCUUUGCCUCAGAUCUCACUGGGCCGGUACGCAUAUGUUCUGGGUGUUGGUGUAAAUGGAAGCGCGCUGUCCCUUUGCCAAAGGUACUACAGAAGAGGCACCAUCGAUCCUGUCAACGACACAUUUGACAUCGACCCCAAUGUAGUCAACGAAUGCAUUGGAAUUAAUCCUCUGACUUACACCGCUGUUCCAGUAAACAGUGACCACAGGAAUUUCACUCUGAAGUUUUACAAGCUGAUCAAUGUCACCAUUGAUUUCCAGCUGAAGGCCAUUAACAUUCAGACUAUUAUCAACAAUGAAAUCCCAGACUGCUACACCUUUGCUAUCACGAUUUUCAUGGAUAACAAGGCACACAGUGGUAAAGUUAAAAUCAGUCUGCAGAAUGAGGCCUCCAUAAAGGAGUGUAAAGACCCCAACGUUUCCGGGCAUGCGGAGAGCUAUGCACGGGAGUUCUUUGAUGUGGUGGUGGCGUUUGUGUGUCUCCUAUCUCUGCUGUUGUGUGGUCGCUCCAUAAUGAGAGGAAUCCUCCUGCAAAAUGAGUAUGUGCAGUUCUUCAAACAUAGACUCGGAUGCAACGUGACCUGGGGAGACAGAAUGGAGUUUAUAAAUGGCUGGUACAUUCUGCUCAUUAUCAGUGACAUGUUUACCAUCAUCGGCAGCUUCAUUAAAAUUGGGAUUGAAUCCAAGAAUAUCUCAUCAUACGACGUGUGCGGGAUCCUUCUGGGGACCUCAACUCUGCUGGUGUGGGUUGGAGUUAUCCGCUACCUCAGCUUCUUUCAAAAAUACAAUAUCUUGAUUGUGACUUUGAGAGCCGCUUUUCCUAAUGUUAUUCGUUUCUGCUGCUGUGCUGCCGCCAUUUAUAUGGGCUAUUGCUUCUGUGGCUGGAUUGUGCUGGGGCCUUAUCACGCCAAGUUUCGCUCCCUGUCCAUGGUGUCAGAGUGCUUGUUUUCUCUCAUAAAUGGUGACGACAUGUUCGUAACAUUUGCUGAGAUGGAGCAGAGUGGUACACUGGUUUGGGUCUUCAGCCAGAUCUACCUUUACACCUUCAUCUCCCUCUUCAUCUACAUGGUGCUGUCCCUCUUCAUCGCACUCAUCACAGGAGCCUAUGACACUAUAAUGGCACAAACACAGGAGCAGGUCCGCAUCACAGAUCUGCAUGCGUUCAUUGCAGAGUGUACAGACACGCCCAGCUCUGGGAAGUUCCGAGGUCCUGAAGGCACAUCAUGCUCCUUCUUCUGCUGCUGUGAUUAGUGAGGAGGAAGAGGAGGAAGAUGCACAGUGGGAGGAAGCAGCAUAUGAGUGGAAGGGCAAAACAGUCCAUAUGUCUCGGCAUUGCUUUUUUUUUUUUUUUUCUUUAAAGGGUUUUUCUCUAGUGACAGCUGACUGCACUUGCGCUCCUUUUGGCAGAUCCCCAGCAGGGCCCAUAAUGCCUUCAGAGUAAACUGACUGACCUUGGAGCACAUUGUCCUCUGUUGCCCACCUUUGAAUUGUGCAUUUAAAUUAGUGCUGGAACAGCAGAGUGCAUGCACUUUCACAAGCCCAAUUACCUGCUUUGGCUUUCGUACUGUAUGAAUAAUUUAUUCUUUUGUUCUGACAUGCCAGUUUUUUAGGCCUUUGAUGACUAGACACAUAAUGCCAUUAAUUGCUGUAGCCUGAACACAGGGUUAAAGACAUUUUCACUUGAAUGACACACAUGUAGAGCAGGCUUUUAUAUGUCUUAUUAUCAUUGUGUGGCUACUUAGGCAAUGAGAUAUUUGUGCCCCAUGAUCAUUACAUGUAAAUGUGGAUACAAUAUCUUUAUAACAGGGGUAGAGUAGACAACAGACAGCCAGAUAAGCUGUAAGGAGAGGAACUGUUACAGCCUAUUUCUUCAUUUUGGCUUCAUUUUCUUACUCUUCGUCCUCCUUCAAAGCGAAGGACACUGUAAGAUGAAGGCAAGCCCUGCAGCCAGUCAGUUAGUCAUCAAUAUGUAUGAAGUGGUUUUGCUGUUAAGAGCCAGGUGACUGCACACUAAUGCACCCAGAGCAUUGUCUGAGGCUGAAAUGGUUCAGAAAAUCAGGAUUUUAGUGGUAUUAAAAGAUAUCUAUCAAUGUAGAGCACUGGAUCCGUUUGGACCACGUAGGUGGCGUAGAGCGCCAGUCUGACAGUCGGUACACGGGCAUUGAAAUCACAUGCUCAUUUAUGUUAUCUGUCAUUGAGCAAGGAAUUUCUAAAAACCAGCAGUUCUUCAUUCACUGUUUUUAAAGAAAAUGUGUCUGAAUACGACUUUGAUUAUAGAAACUUAUUUAAGCAUGAAGUGGUCAUCCCAGCACUCUGCUUGAAGGCAUGCAUACAAAAGGCAGUGAUCAGUGGAAAAGGCAUUUCGACCUAAAUUAAAGGGAUGAAAGGGAUGAAGGUUGCACAUAUUUUCAACCCUGGCAUGUUUACUUAAAUGAUGUUUCAUUUUUUCAUGCACACAUGUUUAAAUGUUUUAGAGCUGCAAUGAUUGGUUUUAUCAUACAAAAAUGAAUUUACUAUAAUAUAUACUUUUUGUUUUAGUCUUAUUUAUACUGUUGCAGUGCAGCAUCACAGAAAAUGGAUAAAUGUAAGAUUUGGAUGCUGUUGGUAGUGUUUUCUUUCUGAUAUUAAACUAUAUACCUUUAGAUUCUGGAUUAAAAGGGCGAUGUACAUACAUAACCAUGGACUAAAGCAGUUUUUCUUUUGUGAUGGGGGUUUGGGGGGGCUCUGUAUAUAAACCCCCCUCACCUCAUCAUUUGCCACUGUUAUACGUUGGAGCUUACAUGGGAUCUUUACGCAGGGAUACCACCCACUGUAACAGUCCAACUGCUUGCAUUACCAUACAGGGGGAAUCUGCUGCAUCUUGUUUGUACUAAUAGCCAGUGAGUCUGUGAUUUUUUUGUGAUUUUUUUUGUUUUUUUUCCCCUCCCGUCCUGUGUUCACUCCCUCUCGGGAGAGUGUCUGUGUAAUGUCUCACAUGGGAGCCAUAGAGCACAAUGGAGAAAAGCCCUGCGUACAUAAUCCGUCUGUUAGCAUGGAAGUCCUUAAUGCUGUUUUAAUUUAAUGGUAACACUGUUACUGCUCACUUGUGUUUUUGUUAAUUACACUGCCUGGACAAAAAAACAAAGUUCCACACAUUUUGUUGGACCAUCUUUAAAUUUGAUUACAGGACACAUUCUCCAUAGCAGUAAUUGCAUUGGUUGCAUUAAUUUUUGGCCAAGAGUGAUGGGAGAGUUGGGUCCCUGCUUAAAGUCCUAAAGAUUCUCAAUAGGGUUCAGGUCUGGACUCUGUGGUGUCCAAUCCAUGUGUGGAAAUGACAGUUUAUGCUCUUUCACAAUCUGAGACUAAUGAAUCCUGGUUAUGUCCAAUCUUUGUUUUGUUUUUCAUAGCAAAUUAUUAUUUUUUAAGAAAUGAGAAACCACUCAUUGCAUCAAUUAGGGUCAAACAAGUUCAGAUAUAAUAAACACUGUGGUAAUUAUCCAAUGGAAGGAUCUGAACUAUUGGCUUAGUCAAAUGGAGUUGAAUUCAAUUUUUACCAGGUAGUGUAUUUUUACUUCUGUCAG